CAUAAUUAUGAGAUAGCAAGUCAUAAUUAUGAGAUACCACACAUACCACACAUACCACAGCAGACACAUGUUGCGGGAGACAGCCUAUGAAUACCUGUCUUGCAGUCUGUCAAUGUUCCUGAAUUAAGUACAUCUACCCAAAAGUUCACCCUACUGAGGGAGAAUAAUCCUGUGACCUGGAUGUAAUUGCAGGAUGGAUGAGCUGUGUGACUUUUUAAGGUCACGAAAUGUGUCUGAGGAAACCAUACAGCAUCUGGAAAAGGAUAAGAUUGAUUCCAGUGUCAUACUGCUGAUGACAGAUGAACAGCUGAAAGAGUAUCUGCCAUCCUACGGUGACCGGCUGGCUGUUCUUGGAUUUUGCAGGCAGAAGGGCAAUAAUUCUGUUUCCCGUAAAUCAAAACUUUUUGAGCGACUGAGGGCCAAGAUAUCAAGAAACAGAAGUGAUGGUCAUGAGCAUCAGUCUGAGCAAGAACCACCUAGGAAUGCUCAAAAGAAUGUGCGAAAAGUUGAGAUAGGUUGGAUGCAUUUCCGUGAAGGAAAAUUUUUGCAAGUAAGGACCAAAAAAGGUGGCGGUACAAGAAAAAUCUCUAUAUCAAAGAACUGUAAAAAAAGUGAGUUGAUUGAAAAGGCAGUGGACCUGUUUUUUCCUGGUCAAAAAAACGCAGAGGGCAGCAUCACAGAUUUCGUAGUUGAUGUUACUGAUUUUCAGGAGCACUCAUUAGAUGAGCAGAUUACAGUUGGACAACUGUAUGAACAAACAAAACUACCACUCUUGCGUUUUUACUUAACAACCAAAAAGAAGGACAUUAGCAUUGACACACAGCCAGUCAACAGCAGUGGAACAGCUGCACAAGAUUUUGAAAACAUGGAACAGACAUCCAGCUCUACUCACCACAAUCCCAGCACAACUCUGGUAGAGGCUGAGGUACCAAAUACUGUUGAUGUCAUAUAUGUAGAAAGCAGCAAUGCUCUUUUAGACAUAAGCAGCAAUGAUGUUUCCUUACUGUACCCCAAUGCUGACAUGAAUGAUUUGUCCAGUGUGCAAGAGUUUGAGGGAGCGGUUAGUGUGGAUGUGUUAGAGGAUAGUGGCACUGUCACAUUCUCCACAGGCCAUGUCUCUGUAAUGGACAGUGUCAGUCUUGAUGACACUUUACCACUUUCUCUGCCAUCAUACGGGUCUGUGCAUUCUCUUCACACCUUGAUAUGUUACAGGAGCCCAUUGCUCAGAGGCAGAGAACAAAGAAAAUUGUUGUUCUUCAUCGUGGACAGAUCCUUAAAGAACUUAUUUCACAUUUUUGUGAUGAAAAUGUCAUGCUAG